AUGUACGAUGAAACUGGACUAAUGUUCCCUUAUUUCCAGAGCUUCCCUCAAGAAGUUCAGCAGCUUGAUGAGUUCUAUUACUCUCAGAAACCCAAUGCUCCAUUGGGCAACCUCAAUCAGACAUUCACCAUGUCGGAUUACAACCUCGGGGAAGAAGGGGAUCUCUUCAAGGCCCCUGAACCAGUAAUUCAAGAACCGUUGAUUGGCCUUGAUCCAAUGACAGCUGCCAUUUCAAUGAUUUCAUGCGGAGAAAACAUUAUCCCCCCUGACGCACUGACUGUGUCUGCCAUUGAAUCAUCAAUUGAGAGUGGGCAACUCCUCAGCGAGGUCUACUAUGAAUGCAAGAAGGAUAUUUUGGCUAAAGAUGCAACAGUAACACCCCUCUCUGAAAUCAUGGACAUCAAAAUUCCGACAGUGAAAACCGAUGAACUCCCAAGUUCUGAUGAAAAAAUGCUUCCCGAGGGUCCGUUCCAGAAAAGUGUAAGUUCUGGCUGCUUAUCAUCAAUGGACUGGAUACGUGAUGCUCCACUAAGGCCGAAUUUUCUGAUUCCCGGCAUGGACUUGGGGGAAGUUUACGGGAUGCGAAGAGCAUUCAGUGAGGGAGACAUAAAGACUCUUGGUAGUGGUAAUAUAAGCCUCCUACCAUCCCCAAUGGGGCAAUCACAGAUUAUCGGCAGUUGCACUUCUGAAGGGCGCAAGGAGAAGCUAUCCAGAUACUGGAGGAAGAAGAGUAAGAGGAAUUUUGACAGAAAAAUCAAGUAUGCCUGCAGGAAGGCCCUAGCCGACAGCCAACCAAGAAUCCGGGGAAGAUUUGCAAAGACGGAAGAAAUAGACACGCCCAAGAAGCAAUAA